UAGACGUUUGCCCGUGCAGUGUGCUAGAAGCACGCAGCCACGCGCAAUAAUAUAUGAAAACGGAAAAUAUUAAUUUCCUAGAAAUUUCAUUGCUAACAUUGGCCCUAAUAACCGUGAGCACGCGAUAUUCGGUCCAUAGUUUUAUUGAGAUAUUUUAUUUAGUGACGAUCAGUUGUAUCGAUGAGCGUUCAAUGUGUCAUCUCAAUUGAAAACCGCAGUGCUUGCUUCUACAUUCAAAUUUUGGGACAAAAGUAAGGAAUGAAAGCGAAAAAACAUGCGAUGUGUCUUCCUUCUCCUAUACGUCACGGCUGUAAGAGGUUUAGACGCCAACUUCUUUUUUGAUUACUGGACCGACUUAUUCCGGCCUUGGCCAUUGAACCCUAAGGAGGGUUUCGUUCAGGACUAUACACCUAAACACCGAGAAGAGUUUGACUUCAUCGUUGUAGGAGCUGGAUCUGCGGGAUGCGUUAUCGCAAACCGACUAACUGAAGUGCCGCAAUGGAAAGUUCUACUUAUCGAAGCAGGAGGCAAUGAAAACUUUUUCUCGGAUGUUCCAAUAUUCGCUUCGUUUUUGUCAAUGACACCUAUGAACUGGGGCUAUACCUCAGAGCCGGAACCACGAGCGUGUAAGGAUUUAAGAGGGAAAGUCUGUUUUCUUCCCCGAGGAAAAGUACUUGGCGGUAGUAGCGUACUUAACUUUUUAAUAUACCAAAGGGGACACCCUGAAGAUUAUAAUGACUGGGCGAGAAUGGGUAAUCCAGGUUGGAGCUAUGACGAUAUAUUACAAUACUUUAAAAAGUCGGAAAACAUCAAAAUAGAUGAAUUGAAAAACUCCUCAUACCAUGGAAGAAAUGGAUAUUUAGACAUAGACCAUGCUCCUUAUAAGUCUCCCUUGGAAAAAGUAUUUAGAAAAGCCGGCGAAGAGCUCGGUUACGAAAGGCGGGACCCUAACGGGGAACAUAUGAUGGGUUUCUCAAAACCUCAAGCUACAAUGAGAAACGGUAGAAGAUGCAGUUCGUCGAAAGCAUUUCUAGAGCCUGUCCGUUUUAGAAGAAAUUUGAAAGUUACCAAACACACCAUCGUCACAAAAAUAUUAAUAAAACCUCAAACCAAAACAAUUUAUGGUGUAGAAUUCAUCAAACGAAAUAAAAGAUACAGGGUUCUAGCACGCAGAGAAGUAAUUUUAUCGGCUGGCACCAUUGGUUCAGCUCAGCUGUUGAUGCUCUCAGGUGUGGGACCAACUGAACACUUAGAGAAGAUGGGCAUACGUACUCUGGUUGACCUCCCUGUCGGAUACAAUCUACAAGAUCAUGUUACUUUCUCCGGAAACGCAUUCAUAGUCAAUGACUCUAGGCUUUGUGUUAACGAUUUAACGGCUGCAUCACCUUUCUCAGCGGCAUCAUAUAUGACGGGCAAGGGCCCUUUAACGCUUCCAGGCGGAGCUGCCGGCCUAGCAUUCAUACGUACUAAUGUAUCAAACGAUUCAGUAGCAAGCCGGCCAGACAUGGAACUAGUCAUGGGAGCAGGGUCUCUGGCCGGAGAUUUUAUAGGAAUUUUGCGUUCUUUACUCGGAGUUACAGAUAAAUGGUUCUGGAAAGUCUACGGUACACUUCCCCCGAAAGUGAGAUGGCGUACUUUCUCUCUCAACCCUGUACUGAUUCGCCCAAGGAGCGUUGGACGACUUAUGUUAAGAAGUUCAAAUUUUUUCGACCAUCCGAGAAUUCAACCGAACUACUUCAGUGAUUUGAAUGACCUCAAGGCUAUGGUACAAGGAGUCCGAAUGAUUGAAAAUAUAAUAGGAACAAAAGCAUUUCAACAGUACAAUACAAAACUACAUGAUAUACCAUUUCCUGGUUGCGAACAUCUAAUCUUUGACUCAGAUGAGUACUGGGAAUGCGCCAUAAUGCAGACUUCUAUUACACUGGAUCACCAGGUCGGCACUUGUAAAAUGGCACCAACAGGAGAUCCAACUGGAGUAGUUUCUCCUAGAUUAUUAGUACACGGUGUUAAAGGAUUAAGAAUAGCAGAUGCCUCAAUAAUGCCACGAAUUCCCGCAUCUCACACUCACGCUCCAGUCGUAAUGAUAGCAGAGAAAGCUGCAGACAUGAUCAAGGAGGACUGGGGUUAUUUAAAUUAAUAAAAUAUUACUUAUUUUUUUUUAAAUAUAAUUGUUAUA